AUGGCAAGCCUAAAGCAGGCCAGCAAGCUACGGAAGGAUAUGACCUGCCCCGUCUGCAUAGAAAUACUACGGGAUCCUGUCACCACUGACUGUGGGCACAACUUCUGCCUGCAAUGCAUCAAUCAGGUUGGGAAAACUGCAGAAAACCCCCAAUGUCCACUCUGCAAACUCCCUAUGAAUAAGAAUGCAUUCAGGCCCAAUAAGCUGUUGGCUAGUAUUGCAGAGAAUAUCCAGGCUAUGGAUCCUGCUGAGUUCCAACCAGAAGAAAAAGAGCCAAGAUGUCAGAAGCACAAAGAAAAGUUCCAUUACUUCUGUGAGGAAGAUGGAGAGUUCCUCUGUGUGGUGUGUCGUGACUCCAGGGACCACAAAACCCAUGAAGUUACCUCGAUACAUGAGGCUGCCCAGAACUACAAGGUGCAGAUUGAGACACAGGUCCAGCAUUUGGGGCAAAAGGACAAUGAAAUCAUUAAAGAGAAAAAGGAAGGUGAAGGAGCAAUCCAGGUGUUCAGGGCCCAGGUACAUCUAGAGAGACUAAAGAUCCUUGAGGAAUUUAAACGUGUGCGCCAGAGACUGGGCAUCAAGGACAUGUUGGGCAGAUCAACAUAUCUUCACAGAAGUAAAGAAUUUGAAUUUCACAACCCAAUCCCAUUUCCUCCGAACCUGGAGAAAAAAAUGAAUGAAGCAAAAGCAAGACACGAGUCCAUCAUAGAAAGCCUGAAGAAAUUAACAGACAACCUGAACACUGAAGGGAAGGAAGAUAAAAGCACAUUCCUGAACAGCCUGGAUAAGAAGGACAAGGAGAACUGGCUCCUGUUACAGAAGAAUAACUCAGAGUUGCCCACCUCAGUACCUAUGACCCUGGACUCCACUUCAGCUGACCCAAACCUCACCUUUUCUCAGGAUCUAAAGAAAGCAAGCUUGUAUGAUGUCGACAGCACAUUGAAUACGCAGGCAAAACCUCGACAAUUCUAUCCUUUCCACUGUGUGAGGGGCUCCCCAGGCCUCUCCUCAGGCCGUGUGGUGUGGGAGGUGGAAAUUAAUGGACCCCGAGGCAGGGUUGGCAUAGUGGGCGUGGUUGCCGCGUUGCCUCAGGGGACCCAGAUUCAGAACUCUGAGUCAUGCUGCUUGUGGGCACUGAGCGUCUCAUCCUCUGACUGUCAGGCAAUGACCAACUGCAGUUCCCGGGGGACUCUCCCAAUCAGUCUCAGGAAAGUGGGCGUCUACGUGGAUUAUGACCGUGGAGAUAUAGUCUUCUAUGAUGCCAUCACUAACAAACACAUCUACACCUUCCAAACUUCCUUUGACAGACAGGUCUUCCCAUUUUUCGGGCUCAAAACUGCCCGCAGCUCUAUCACCCUGAGCCCCUAG